AAAAUUGUCAAGCCGAAAACAAAACAAAAAAAAAAUCACGACAAAAAUGACAAAAUUAUGAACCGGGUAAUGCACCUGGAGAAAAUUAAAUUUUCUCUUCAAAUUGAUUCAAGCGAAACAAAACUAAAACCAAAAAAAAAAUUCAAAUUUAGCGCGCUAAACAAUUUUCAGGCCGAUUAUUGUCUCCUCGUCGAGGUUGAUAUAGUCGCUUGUUUAGAAAAGAAGAACGAAAAAACACACACAUCAUCGAUUUGUUCAGCUGUUGUUUAUUCGAAUUCUUUCUCUUUAAUUCAUUUUAUUUGUAAAUUUAAAAAAAAUUUCUUUCUUUUAAUAAACAACAAAAAUGAUUCCAUAUGAUGCCAUUCUUAUUGUUCUUAUAUCAUCAUUUACAGCCUUAUUGGGUGAAGGUUUAACAUGGCUUCUUGUUUAUCGAACGGAAAAAUAUAAAAAAUUAAAAAAUGAAGUGGAGAAACGAUGUAAAAAAUUGGAAAAGAAAAAAGAAACAAUGGGUGAAACAAGUGAUCGUCAACAAAAAAAGAAACUGGAACGUGAAGAAGAAAAGCUAAAAAAUCAUAAUCGUGAUCUUUCAAUGGUCAAAAUGAAAUCAAUGUUUGCUAUCGGUAUUACAUUUACAGCAUUAUUAUCUAUGUUUAAUAGCAUUUUUGAUGGUAGAGUUGUAGCAAAAUUACCAUUCAUACCAAUAUCAUGGGUACAAGGUCUUUCACAUCGUAAUCUACCUGGUAAUGAUUUUACCGAUUGUUCUUUUAUAUUUCUUUAUAUAUUAUGUACAAUGUCUAUAAGACAAAAUAUACAAAAAAUUCUUGGUUUUGCACCAUCACGAUCAGCGAAUCAACAAACUGGUACAAUAUUUGGACCAAUGCCCAAUAAAUAAAUCAAAUAUUCAAUAAUCAUCAUUCUUUUUUAAUUGUAGAAAAUAAAAAUUUAAUUAACAAAAAA